AUGGACGACCGUCAGCUGCUGGAGCCGCAGCGGCUGGACCAGCACCGCCUGGAGCUGGAGGAGCGGCUGUCGGACGGCGAGGCGUACGGCUCCAGCUUCGCGGCCUUCGGCGCCUCGGCCUCGGCGCUCAAGCAGCGCAGGGCCACCCUGGCCGUGCUCACGCCCGGCGCCGACCCGCCCAGCGACGAGGAGGCCGUGUCCGCGUCGUCCUCGCGGCGCAGCAGCAGAGCCGUGGUGUCGGCGACCGUGCUGAAGAACGACCUGCUGCUGCACGAGGCCGUCAUCAAGAACGACCCGGACGCGGUGCGCAAGAUCCUCAAGGAGCCCGUGGACGUCAACUGCAGGAACAACUACGGCCGCGCCCCCAUCCACUGGGCGUCCUCGCGCGGCGCCACCGAGAUCAUGGACAUGCUCAUCGCGGCCAAGUGCGACAUCGAGGCCAAGGACAAGUACGGCAUGCGUCCGCUGCUGAUGGCGGCCUGGCACGGCCACAGCGACGCCGUCAAGAUGCUCAUCAACUGCGGCGCCAGCGUCAACGCCACCAACAAGAAAGCGCUGACGCUGCUCAUGUGCGGCGCGCGCAACAGCAGCGUCUCGGUGGUGGACCUCAUCCUGCAGACGCUGGAGGAGCCCAACCUGGAGGCGGCGGACAGCGAGCAGCAGACGGCGCUGUACCACGCGGCGCAGGGCGGCCACGCCCCCGUCGUGCAGAAGCUGCUGCAGGCCGGCGCGGACCCCAACACCAGGAACAAGCAAGGCCGCAGCCCGCUGCACGUGGCGGCCGAGCAGGGCCACCUGGACGCCGUGCGCGUGCUGCUGCGCCACGACGCGGACGCCGCGGCCGUGGACCAGGACGGCAACACGCCGCUGCACGUCGCCACCGAGAACCAGCAGAGCGCCGUGGUGCAGGAGCUGCUCAGCCACGGCGUGGACCCGGACGCCGAGAACGCGCGGGGCUACACCGCGCUGCACUUGGCGAGCGGGCUGGCGUGCCGCGGCAUCAUGGAGUCCCUGGUGCAGAACAGCGCGCAGCUCAACAAGCAGGCCAAGGACGGCAGCUCGGCCCUGCACAUGGCGUGCCUGCAGAACCAGCUCGUGUCCAUCGAACUGCUGAUCGCCAAGGGCGCUGACAUCAACUCGUUGGACGUGCGACUGCAGUCCCCGAUGCACAUCGCCGCCGAGCGCGGCUUCACGGACGCGUGCAAACUGCUGCUGGCGGCAGGGGCCGUCAUCGACCAGAAGGAGCAGACCGGCAAGACGCCGCUGUACAUGGCGGCCAGGGGCUCCUUCACGGCCAUCGUGGACAUGAUCAUCAAGACGGCGCGCCUGGACUGCCCGGCCGCGAGCUUUGACGAGGCAGCGGUGUGCUCGGCGGAUCGUGGGAACAGCGUGCCGCCCCGGGCGGAUAAAGGCGCUGCCGGACUCGGCGCCGCGACUCCGGAAGUGGCGGCUGUCGGUGAGGGACGGCCGCGGGCCGCAGGUGCCGACAGACGUCUCCCCGGCCCCGAGGAGGCCGCUCGCCUUCUCAAGAAGCUGGCCCACAAGCAGCUCAGCCCCAGCGACUGGAGGAAGCUGGCGCGCCACUGGAAGUUCACAGACGACCAAGUGCGGGCGAUCGAGCACCAGUACACGGGCCCGGCGAGCUACCGGGAGCACGGCCAUCGGGUGCUCCUCAUAUGGCAGCACAGCUUGGAGCCCGAGUGCAACUUCCUUAGCGAGCUCGCCGACAGCCUGGCCGCCAUAGGCAAGGAGAAGCUGGCAGAUUCCCUGCGCAGGAAAAUGGAGAGCGGCUUGGAGUCGGGGGACUCGGAUGCCCCCCGCUGCGCCUCCUGUGCCCUGACGUGAAGGGCGCGGGGGCCGGCGCGGGGCAACCCGACGCGGAUCUGGAC